AGCCAAGCACCUCGGCGGGAUCGCGCACUUCCUGGAGAAGCUCGCGUUUUCGUCCACGGCGCGUUUCAGCAGCAAAGACGAGAUCCUACUCACGCUGGAGAGACACGGUGGCAUCUGUGACUGCCAGACGUCUAGGGACACCACCAUGUACGCCGUAUCUGCGGACAGCAGAGGCCUGGACACAGUGGUGGGCCUGCUGGCCGAGGUGGUCCUGCACCCCCGGCUCACGGAGGAGGAGCUGGAGCGGGCACGCAUGGCCGUGCAGUUUGAGCUGGAAGACCUCAACAUGCGGCCGGACCCGGAGCCGCUUCUCACAGAGAUGAUCCACGAGGCUGCCUACAGGGAGAACACGGUUGGCCUGCGUCGUUUCUGCCCCCCCGAGAACCUGGCAAAGAUGGACCGCGAGGUGCUGCACUCGUACCUGCGCACCUACUAUACCCCCGGCCGCAUGGUGCUGGCCGGCGUGGGCGUGGAGCACGAGCACCUGGUGCAGUGUGCCAGGAAGCACCUGCUUGGCGCCCAGCCGGCCUGGGGGGUGGCUGAGGCCGUGGACGUGGACAGAUCGGUGGCGCAGUACACUGGGGGCAUCAUUAAGCUGGACAGGGACAUGUCCAAUGUGAGCCUGGGCCCGACCCCUAUGCCCGAGCUCACUCACAUCAUGCUGGGGCUCGAGAGCUGCUCCUUCUUGGAGGACGACUUCAUCCCCUUUGCUGUGCUCAACAUGAUGAUGGGCGGCGGGGGCUCGUUCUCGGCCGGUGGGCCUGGCAAGGGCAUGUUCUCCAGGCUCUACCUCAACGUGCUCAACAGCUAUGAGGACACGGGCCUGUUGUGUAUCCACGCCAGCACUGACCCGAGGCAGGUCCGGGAGAUGGUGGAGAUCCUCACCAAAGAGUUCAUCCUGAUGGGCGGCUCAGUGGACACGGUGGAGCUCGAGCGAGCCAAGACGCAGCUGAGGUCGAUGCUGAUGAUGAACCUGGAGUCGCGGCCGGUCAUCUUCGAGGACGUGGGCCGGCAGGUGCUGGCCACGCACUCCAGGAAGCUGCCGCAUGAGCUGUGUGAGCUCAUCCGCAAAGUGAAGCCAGAGGACAUCAGGAGAGUGGCGUCCACGAUGCUGCGAGGGAAGCCAGCGGUGGCCGCCCUGGGUGACCUGCGCGACUUGCCCCCCUAUGAGCACAUCCAGACAGCGCUGGCCAGCAAGGACGGGCGCCUGCCCAGGACCUUCCGGCUCUUCCGCUAGAGCCCUGACCCGGCAUGAACGCUCUGCUGGGACCGCUGCGAAUGUGGCAUGAAGGCAUGUGGCUCUGCCGUGGUGG